AUGGGCAGCCCAACUCCUGAAGUCUCUCUGACUCCACACAUGGAAUCUGCUUCCCCCGUCGUUAGCGCCCUCGGUGCACUCCCGUCCAACGCUGAAGCACGCAAACCAACCUCGCACAGUUAUCAGAACAUAGACGAGCCCGAUGGUUCCCUGACUCGAUGGGAUGGCACCGCUCUUUCACAUCUAAUGCUAAACCUUCUUCACCUAUCUUCUAAUAUAGUUGAAGAGGUUGCCGGUUUAGCCUUCAGAAUCUGUGAUCAGAAAGGCAUCCAAGUAUAUUUCGUCGUCAACGCGAAACCCCUAGCGCAGUCAGACAACCAUACAACACUGUCAUUAUUUGUGGAAAAGGUCUGGACAUACCUACAAGAACAAUCUCGGCUCUAUUGGGAAUCAUCCAAGGAUCACAAAGGAAAUUUUACGAACAUCAAAAAAGAGCUUGAAGAGGUGGUGGAAAAGUACUCCACUCCGGUGAUUAUCAAAUACAUUAGAGAACAGCACGAUACCAUCCAACUUCUCAUCUCAACUCUCGAGAAACCCGCUUCGACGCGAAGUGCUACGGUCGAUGUUAUCCACGCUCUCAAAGAAGCCGCAGAAAUACUCAACAUUCUACGCGAAGGGAAUCUCAGUCCCAAUGAGGUCUCGUUAAAGACAGAGGAGCUUGACAUAUGCUUCCUCUCAAACGUGCGAUCUUACUUGGCCGCCGCUCGAGUUGACGAGUCCCGACAGUUCUUUGACAUCAUCCAAAGGAUCACAAAGGCCAAAAGAUGUCUCAGUGAUAUUCUCGAGGAACCGAUGGCCGAGAACAAUCGAAAGCUAUUCUCACUUCCCUUCGACCGCGUCAAAUUCGUUCCCAAUUCCACCCUCGAUUCCCAUGUGAAUUUGCCGAUAUCUAAGGCCGAUUGGGAGGCUGCAGCACGGGAGACGUUUUCUCUACUCCCGGAUAUAAGCGACCACAAAGCGAGAGAACAUGAUAUUUCCCGCAAAGUUGAAGAGCUCUGGGGAGAAAUCACCCAAGAGUACCACCUUGGCGAGCAUACAGAGCCUAUCGUAUUCAAAGCGGCUGCUCACGCUGAAGUUGUCCUACUCGAACAUCUGACAUCAAGGAAUUUGCUUGAAACGCCUGGCAUAGUUCCAUACAUAGUCGUUCCUGGCCUCUCCUGCUACCAAUGCCAGACUUAUUUCGACUUCGUAUGCAGGGCGAAAGGACCAGUAUUAUUCGAUGAUUGCCACCAAUUCGAUGGUAGACCCCAUAACCGAUUCUGUUUUCCGUGGGUUAUGCCAGGAAGCCAGACUUCCGAUAGCAGCAGGGCCUGGAAAGCGAUAGUUAAAGCGGUGUAUGAACGACUUUUCGGAUUGGAGGACACGAAUCCGGAUUCAGAUUCAGAUUCGGACUUCGAUUAG